AUGGGCAGCGAGAAGCAAGACCUGACGCUCGACGCGGAUGCAUUCUUCAGUAAUGCCAUGGGCCUGACCCUGGCCGGAUACCAGACAACAGCUACGACACUGGCCGCCACUUUCUACCACAUCUUGCGCUAUCCUGAGGCGUAUAACAGAGUUUGCUUCGAGAUCCGCUCGACCUUUGCCAGUGACGAAGAAAUCACAGGAGCGCGCCUCGGUAGGCUGCCAUUCCUGAACGCCUGUAUCCGGGAGACCCUGAGGUUGCUUCCACCCGCAAACGGCAAAACGGCGCAGCGUACUGCUCCCUCAUGCACCAUAGAUGGGGUGCACAUCCCUGCCGGUACCACAGUAUCCGCUGAUCUUUACACGAUCCAAAGGUCACCGGAGUACUUCGCAGAUCCCGCCACCUUCCGCCCUGAGAGAUGGCUCGAUAGUGUGGAAGAUACUGAGUUCAAGGGGGACAACAGGACCGCGUAUCGUCCUUUCCUUAUUGGAAGCAGGGCAUGUAUCGGCAGGGAGAUGGCGCAGCAGAGCAUCCGACUCAUUGUUGGAAAAUUGCUUUGGACAUAUGAUUUUCAGCAGCUGGAUCAGGACGGGUUUGUUUGGGAGCGCGACGCUGGCAGUAGUCUCAUUUACACGGAUUACAAGGUCAUGGUACAUGUGAUGAAAGCUAGCGGCAGAUCAUAA